AUGAGCAACAACGACCGUCAAAGACUCCGCCGCGACUCGUUGCAAUCAGAUGGCCCGCAGCCAAAGAAACGCAGGACCCAGCCACAACGUGCCGGUGAUGAGAACGGGCAUCAGCUUUGUUCCGAUGAAACUUACGAUCAUGCGAAGGAAGUAACGGAUAGCGCAACCAGAGAGGAACCAGCAGGUCCGGCAUGUUGCUCUUGUCGGAAGAAGAAGGCCAAGUGCUCCAGGACACAGCCCUGCACCCAGUGCGUGCGCUUAGAUAUCGCAUGCACGUACAACGAUGCAAAGCUGAAGCCAGGGAUGCGCACAGGCGCAAUUGAGAGUCUGACCCAGCGAGUGGCGACACUUGAAAAUAUGUUUCUGGGGCAGAGCGUGAUCUGGCAGCAGAUAUGGAAGAGUCUGAACCCCGACACGUUGCGUACGGCAGACGAACCCGGUCAAUCCCAAGACGGCGUAGUUUCUAUGAAUGGUCUUGCUGAAGACCUAAAGGGAAUGUUGACCGAUUUGGCUGAUUCAGUGCAAAAUGGCCAAGCCCAGGAUGAUGUCUCCGUUGAGAUUCAGCUUCCACGUGCAGAAAAUUCGGCGUUGGAUGAAGAGCGGCCGGACCAACAACGGCAAGUUCCACGGAUAUCAGAGACAUAUCCUUCUGAUGACGCUCUUACCCCACUCUCCGACCAGCUCGUUGAUUCUCUCAUUGAGAUUUAUUUUGACAAAAUCCAUCCCUGGAUUCCAAUGUUACAUACUAGCCACUUUCGAGCCAUGUUAAAGAAUUCUGCUGAGCGACAAAGGCAUGCCAAUAUCCUUCAUGCCAUCAUCUCCUUGUGUAUGAGAUUCUCCCAGGACCCUCGGCUUGACGCAAGCCCAAAUCUACGUUCCAGAUAUGCAACUCAGAGUAGGCAGCGCGUCAUACUUGCUAGCAUGGAGUCGUUCUCGGUCGAAAACCUACAAGCUCUCAUCAUCUGCGCAUUUGACAUUAUUGGUAGUGGCCGAGGUCCUUCUGCGUGGUCUAUUGUAGGGAGCAUGACGAGAACUGUCGAGCAACUAAGGCUCAGUGUCGAAGAAGAUGAGGACGAGAAUGGCAAAUCAUCUACCAACAGUCUAAUCCGACGCAUGGCCUUCCUUGCACCCAGCUCAAGCUGGACAGAGGCGGAAGGGAGGCGGCGUGUUUUUUGGAAUGUCUUUCUAAUGGAUCGAUUCUGCAGUAUUGCGACGGGGUGGAAUCUUUCCCUCACGACUGCAGAUGUGAAAAGGAGACUACCCUGUGAGGGAGCUCUCUGGGCGAAGACUGACAAUCUGCCAGUGCCAACUCCAUACUUUGGCGUGUCUGAUCAAUCAUAUAAUUCUUACCCGCUUUCGGCGCGACGCACAGACGAGCAAGAAGAGGCAUCAUUGGGAGGUUUUGCUUAUUGCAUUGAAGCCACGGAGAGUCUCAGUCUUGUCACGUCCUUCUUUCUUCAACACGAGUUGAACACCUCUGAGCGAGAUGAUAUUCAGCGGUGGCUCAUGCGUUUCAAACAGUUAGACCUCCGACUAGUACAGUGGAAGGUUCUUCUCCCUGAAAAAUGGCGCGAGGCGUGUGUCCUCAACUCCGACGGGAACAUGGACCCAAAUCUCACCCUCGCACAUAUUACUCAGAACACGGCUGUAGUGCUCCUUCACCAAGCAGUUGCAUACCCAAAACCAAAGUGGCAAAGCAUGACCGCCGUCAAGCCCUCUUCCUCAAGUGCCGAGACUUGUCAAGCAGCCGCAAAGGAGGUGUCCAUCAUCGCCCAAAAGUUUCUCCAGAACUCCUCUAUUCCUACUAGUCCUCAGUUUGCUUUCUGCUUAUUCGUAUGCUGCCGCAUGCUCAUCACGCAUGCCGCUUUCUACAAUGCCCCCCUAUCCACUGCGUACGACUCACUUGUUACGAGCCUCGAGGAGAUAUCACGCCGCUGGAGCGGACCUCACUCUUCCAAAGAACCCAACUUAGCUUCUCGCUUUGCCUCCCGCUUGAUCCAAGCCCGGAGGGAAGGUGCCCCGCAGGAAGAGGAUAUCAGAGAGUCAGCGUUUGCGGAGCAAGCAAGACCCUUACAGUUGACCCGUCGAGGCCAAGCUAUGACCUUGGGACCCGAGGACAACCCCCUUCUUGAAGGAUGCCCAGCUGGUUCUUUGCCCUUUUUCGAUAGCAGUGCAAGUAGUCACAACAUUCCUUUCAACCAAUAUAACAAUAACGAUGGCUCACCUGACAGCAUAUCAUUGGCCUUCCCGCCAUUACCAUUGGCUUUCCAGGGAGUUGGCGAUCAGAAUCAAGGGCUAUCGCAUGCUUCUUUGAUGGGCCAGACCGACGACUCUGCGGGGUUUAUAUUGAACUUGGAUAAUUUCGACUUGCUUGACCAAAGAGUGAGUAUGUUCAGUCAUGCCAAUUCGAAAUCAGAUUUUAUGUAG